GAAGUCUAAUCCUCUUCCUGUGCUGCAUUGCAAGCGAUUUUUCACUGGGUCUUAGGUGUUUACAUUUACAUUGUUAAAGAGAUCGUUUCUUUGUUUUUUUUUAAAGUACACUUUGAGUAUAAAACGCAAUCUGCAGUACUCGGAGGUGUGAUGGACAGUUUCCAAAGUGGAUGGAUGGAGUUACUUCAUUCGCAAAGUGAAAAACAGAGAAAACAAUGACGGCCUGUUUCCGAUAAUUCGGCCUGGCCGCACAAAUCACUGAGAUAUGAAGACGAAGACUAACUACACAUAUCCAGGCGAAGAUGUUUUUUUCUGAAAAGGGUUUCGAUUCCUUUACUUCGGUCUCUGCUUUGAUUUCCAUCCACAGUUGAUAUGAAUUGACAGUAUGGCUUCUCAGCUUCAAGUCUUCUCCCCUCCUUCGGUGUCGUCCAGUGCCUUUUGCCGGGUGAAGAAGCUGAAGGUCGAGAGCUGUGCGUGGGAAGUGACAGGGCAAGUGGGGGAAAACAAAUUCUACCCUCUGAGUAACUCCCAGGAGGACUCCUCUGCCCCUGCUGCCAGCUUUAAUGUCCCCGUCACAACUUACAGCUCUGCCAGCCUCCUCUUUCCACCUGCAGGAGGGUCGCGUGGGCAAAUUGUUGUGCGAGCCGCCGACAGCACUGGCAGCCUCUCGGGGCCCUCCAGUCGUCGCGGCAACGAUGUCGCCCUGCGCGACGCUUAUCAGAAAUAUGGCCUGAAGCGCAAGAGCGAGGAGGUUGACAAGAGUGGGAGUGUGCAGAUCUUGGAGGAGCUCUCAGCGCCGGUGGUUUCCAACAGGACUGGCACGGUCACCACCACACAGUCCAUAACCCAUUCCACCUCUACGACAAAGAGCAGCAGCUCCAACAGCGAAGGGGACUACCAGCUGGUGCAGCACGAGAUCCUGUGCUCUGUCACCAACAGCUACGAGGUGCUGGAGUUCCUGGGCCGCGGCACCUUCGGGCAGGUAGCCAAGUGCUGGAAGCGUGGCACCAAUGAGAUUGUCGCCAUCAAGAUUCUGAAGAACCAUCCUUCAUAUGCCCGGCAGGGUCAGAUUGAGGUAAGCAUCCUGAACCGGCUGAGCACAGAAAAUGCCGAUGAGUUCAACUUUGUGCGCUCCUACGAAUGCUUCCAGCAUAAGAACCACACGUGCCUGGUGUUUGAAAUGCUGGAGCAGAACCUGUACGAUUUCCUCAAACACAGCAAGUUUAGCCCCCUGCUCCUGAAGUCCAUUCGACCCAUCCUGCAGCAAGUGGCCACGGCCCUGAUGAAGCUGAAAAGCCUGGGGCUGAUCCACGCUGACCUUAAACCAGAGAACAUCAUGCUGGUGGACCCUGUGAGACAGCCUUAUCGCGUCAAAGUCAUUGACUUUGGCUCAGCAAGCCAUGUGUCCAAGGCCGUUUGCUCUACCUAUCUACAGUCCCGCUAUUACCGGGCACCAGAGAUUAUUCUAGGACUUCCUUUUUGUGAAGCAAUUGAUAUGUGGUCACUGGGCUGUGUGAUUGCGGAGUUGUUUUUGGGGUGGCCACUGUACCCUGGAGCCUCGGAGUAUGAUCAGAUACGAUACAUCUCGCAAACCCAGGGAUUGCCCGCAGAGUACUUACUGAGCGCAGGGACCAAAACCAGCCGUUUCUUUAACAGAGGCCAUGAUUCCAGUUACCCUCUUUGGAGACUGAAGACACCAGCGGAACACGAAGCAGAGAUGGGAAUAAAGUCAAAGGAAGCCAGGAAGUAUAUUUUCAAUUGUUUGGAUGAUAUGAUGCAGGUGAACAUGUCCACUGAUUUGGAAGGAACGGAUAUGCUGGCUGAGAAGGCAGAUCGGCGAGAGUUCAUUGAUUUGUUGAAAAAAAUGCUGACCUUGGAUGCUGAUAAAAGAAUAACUCCGAUGAAAACUCUUGGCCACUCUUUUGUGACAAUGGCUCACCUUCUGGACUUCCCACACAGUUCCCAUGUGAAGUCCUGUUUUCAGAACAUGGAAAUUUGCAAGCGCAGAGGGAAUAGCUUCGACAACGGCAAGAGCAUCUUUAGUACAAACGCUGCACAAAACACUGCCAGCAACCUCACUGUGACAUUUGGCAGCCAACUUAACCAGCACAAUCAGGUUCCUUCUGCAGGUGCGCCGUCUCUCUCUCUCACCAGCACCAACGUGCCACUUCUGAGUUAUCAGCCUGCCCUGUAUCAGCAGGCUGCGGUCAGCAUCCCGGGCAUCACACAGCAGAGUGUUUCUCUGCAGGCCCGACCUGCCCAGCUGUGUGCCCAGACUGAACCCUUCCAGCAGACACUGAUUGUGUGUCCUCCAACAAUCCAGGGGCUUCAGACAUCCACUAAACAUUCUGCCUUUCCAGUCAGGAUGGAAAACACUGUUCCUAUAGUUCCUCAGACACAGUCUGCGCAGGCUCUGCAGAUACAGCCAGGAAUGCUCACACAGGGAUCCUGCUCCCCACUGAUGGUGGCCACCUUGAACCCACAUGUUGCCACAGUAGCGCCGCAGUACUCGGUUCCCCUGGCGCUGAGCUGCGCGGCGGGAAGGCCGGCCCUUCUAGAGCAGACGGCCACUGUGCUGCAGGCUUGGCCCACAGGAACUCAGCAGAUUCUCAUACCAUCACCUUGGCAACAGAUGUCUGGGAUUUCGCUCCAUAAUACUGUCCAGCCAGUCAUCACUGAGUCCCCUAUGGGUGCUAUCCUCUCUGACAACAUGAGCUCUGGGCAACAAAUAGCCAACUGGAGGAGCUCCCAUGGUGGACAGUACAGUGGAGUGAUGCAGCAGGCGUCUAUUCUCGGUGGCCAUGUGUCUUUGACCACUGCCAGCCAGCCCCUGACCACAGGAGCAGUGUCUGCUGUGAGAUCCCAGCAAGGAGGGACCUCGGGGAGGAGGGCCAGAGCGCGGAACACGGACAACAGGACCAGCAGGGUUAUGUCUCUACUGGAAACUGUGCCCCCUGUGGUACACUGCAGCCCCCUGUUGGCAACACCACCAUACAAUGCUGUGGUACCACAGCCGAUUCUCAUCACUGAUACACCAAGCCCUGCUGUCAGCGUCAUCACCAUUCACAGUGACACAGAGGACGAAGAUGAAAGGAAGUUCUACCCUAGCAGCUAUGCAAUGAAACAGCGCACUGAAGUCAUCAGCUGCGUCACCGUCCAUGAUUCACAGGACUCGGAUUCCUCGCAUGGCAGCCCAUCAACCCCAAAGCACCUGCCCAGCUUUGUCGAAGCUCCGGCAAAUCUGUCGAAGUCGCUGAGUAUCAUCGUCCCUUCGGUAAAAAUGCAGCCAGAAGAAUCUAAAUCUUCAAGAAUUUCAGGGCAGUUUGCUGGUGUUUGCAGUAAGAGUAAGAAAGCAGCUGUGCAGCAAACAUGCACUUCAGCAUCCUCCAGCAGUAGUUGCCAUCCACACACUGCACCCAACAGGAUCCAGCCACUCAAUCUCAGCCAGGCUCAGCAUUCCAUCACUUCAUCCCAGGCCCGGCUGAGCGGCAGUUCCUCCCGCAGGCAGCAGGUAUGCCCUACAGUUCCCCGGUCCGCUCAGGCACACUAUUACCUGCAGAGCUCACCCCCACAGAGCACCAUACUGCCUCCCUUCAGCUCUUCCUCCAGCCUGAGCAGCCAGCCCCAGCUGUGCUCCUAUGCUCCUUCUGCUGCCCUGGCACCCGCGUCUGCAGCAGUGGCUCAGCUGCUGGCGUCCCAGCAGGGCACGUCUCGGCAUGUCGGCGCCAGUGCCAGCUUCAUGCCCCAUACUGCCGGCUUGAUCCAGAAAGACCCUUCAGCUGUGGGGCACAGCCUUCUCACAGCUGCAGGUCUGCCAGCUGCCCAGUACCAGCACCAGUUUCCCACGUCUCAGGCCACUGCCGUCUACAGAGGCUACCAGAUCAGCCCCAGGAAGAUGAGCGAAUUUCCUUACCUGUGAGGGGAAGGAGGAGUGUGGUGGGAGCCAUCCUUGUAGACCUCCGUUGAAGAUUUGUCACCGCUGAACAAACUGUUCUGCCGAAACUGAGUCUUGGCUUCAAGUGGGACCUUGUGUCUUUCCUCCUCUUCUCAAACAUUGCAGGGACUAAACAAAAUUAUUUUUAACUGUAGUUUCUAAUGCUCAAUUGUGUGUAAUUUUUAACACAUUGUGAAAUGUUAAACCUCAUUAAGAAUUUUAUGCUUUAGUUGGUUUUAUGUUGCUUUUUAGAGGUUCAUUUUGCUCUUACCAACUCUAAUAUUUAUUUUAAAAAGUCUUAGUUAAUAACUGACAAUUUUUAAAGGAAUAUUGACAGAAAUGCAUUGAACGUUCCGUUCUCUUACUGAUGGCAGUCUGUCAGUUUUUUAGAAAUGUAAUGUGAACAGUCUGAAGCUCUUUUUCUUCAGAGAGUGCAUUAACUCCUUACUUUAUACUUUAAUUACAUAUUUGAGUCAGCAAAAAUAAUGUGCACAUCAUCAAAAAACCCAAGAAGGAGAGUUUUCUAAGGUUUGUCAGCUAAGAGCCACAAAGAGAAUAUGCCUUUUACACAAAUAGGGUUACACCCUCCCAGUGGUCAGUGUAAUCUCUUUUUACAAGAUUGUCAAUUUUUGCUGGAGAAGAUACACUCAACCUAUGCAACAGCUUUUCACUUGUAGUCACUGUUCCAGUCUCCAUCCAAAAACUGGGUUACUUCUAGGUUAUUUACAAAGGCUUUAGACUGUUUAGUACUGUUUCUUUAUAUUUCAAGUUUAUCUUUGUUGUGUAUGGAAUAUUUAUCAAGUGGAAGUGCACUAAAUUUGUGACAUAUUAAGCCCUGUUGGAAUUAAGAACAUUUUCAAAUGGAUACAAUAUUAACGACUUUGCUUCUUCACCUACUGAACUGAAGAAUGUUUUUUCAUAACAAAACUCAAUUGUGGACUUUGGAGCUGGACUACAACCCUUUUUCAUUUGUUCUUUGUAAGUGAAGUGUGCUUUUAAUUUGAGGAUGUUGUCCACCUUGCAGAGCCAAAAGGUUUCUCUGUGUUUUUUUAAACAAAAACGUUUCAUGGCACAUUUCAUGCAAACUUUAAAAUUGUUGGAGUUUGUUGACAUUAGUCCUAGCUAGAAUUCUUGGAGUAUCAAAUUGGAAAUAAUAAUAUAGGUACAACCAAUGUGUGUGUUUGUGUUAAUUUACUGUAGGUCUGUGGGGGAGAUUGGACUCUUUGCUGUCGGUAGUGUACAUACUGUUAGACUCCACAAAUAAAACCAAACACAAUUCUGAUCAA